AUGAAUUGGAGAAGGUGCAAGCCCAUUAUAGUAAUGGUAGCAGCUGAGUUUGGGCUAGCCCUUGUUCAGAUAUUCUUGAAGAAGGCCCUUAAUCGGGGAUUGGACCACUUGGUUAUUGUAGUAUACAGACAGUCCAUCUGCACCAUUUUCAUGAUCCCAUUUGUCUUUUUCUUGGAAAGGAGUAGCUGGACUAAGCUGACAGCCAGCUUGAUUGGCCUGAUGUUCCUCUGUGCUCUGCUUGGGUUGACACUUGCACAAUAUCUGUUCUUGCUUGGGCUUGACUACACAUCAGCUACAUUCACUUGUGCUUUCAUAAACAUGAUUCCGGUUUUCACUUUUGUCCUCGCAUGGCCUCUCGGGAUGGAGAAAGUCAACAUGAAGAGCAAUAGCGGCAAGGCCAAGGUAUUCGGCACGCUGACUUGUGCCCUGGGGGCCUUAAUGCUCCCGCUUUACAAAGGGGCUUUACUGAUAGGUCAGGCCCAUUUCGUCCCUAGCCAAGAAAGGCCCAAUAGAAUUGGGCUGGGCUCAGCGAUUUUAUCCUUGGCCAGCCUAGUCUCGUCGUCGUGGUAUCUUGCACAGUCCAGGAUUGGACACAAAUUUCCUUACCAAUAUUCUAGUACGACAAUCAUGUCUCUUUUCAGUGCCAUUCAAGCAGCUAUAAUGGGCGUGUUCAUCACGCGCGGAGGCACUUCUAAGUGGAUUCUCAAGGGAGGAUUAGAGAUUCUAAUUGUCGUAUACUCUGGCGUUGUGGGCUCAGGUUUGUGCUACGCAGCCAUGUCGUGGAGCGUGAAACAAAGAGGGCCCGUUUUCACUUCUGCAUUUUUACCGCUCAUGCAAAUCUUCACAGCCAUUUUGGAUGCUUUACUGUUGAAGGAAGAAAUUUAUCUAGGAAGGUGA